AUGGCACACCCGGAGCCCCUUGCGACAGACCAGCAUCACAAACGGAAGCGCGAUUCUGACGACAAUGGCCAGCAGUCUCAAGACAGGAUACCUCAGCCACCCCCUCCUCAGUCUGGGAACGGCGCGCACAUUAAUUACCUGGCCAGAUCCAAUUCAACCAGACUGAGACUGAUUCAGGGAGAUGGCGAGGUAUUUUCGGAUGUGCUAGGCCUCAUCGGGGACUAUGAAGGGGUACUGAGUCGCCAUGAGAGCUUGGCUGCGAAUCUGGGCGCCAAACUUACAGGCCCGAGACUGGUCAAGGCUAUGGAAGGGCUCUUUGAAGGCACCAUCACAGCCACCCGCAGAGAUCCGUACAAUUCGGAUACGGUCACCUGGCUAGAUAUCGUCCAGUUUGCCAAAGCCAGCCCCAGCGAAUUCACCCUCACCUCUAGUCCGGACCGCGGCCGCUAUUGUUCCUUCUACUUGAAGGGAAACCAGGUCGAGAUCACGGAGGAUGACUGGCGGUUGAUCAUGUCGGGAACGCUGGACAGGUUCAACUUGGCCCCUCUACAGCCGCUGGAAGAAGACGAAAAUUCCGAGCUUGCCACCCUGGAGAUUAUGGAACAGAGACUCCAAGUCCUAAUCAAGAAGGCCGACGAGGUGGCACGCAAAGCGCGACAACUCAAUUACCACCUCAGCGGCCGAAAGGCAGCCAUUAACUCCCGGCGCACGGUACGCUCACCUACAACUCACCACGCUGGCUUUCAACCCGUCAACCACCCACAAGCAGUUCCACGCUCUAAUUCUACGUACGACCUCCACGCCGACCUGCUUCAACAAUUCACCUCUCAGUCGCAGCCUGGUUCCGCCAGGAUCCCGGCUCAGAACUCAGUGUCUCUGCCUACGACGCCCGUCAUACAGGGACCCCCGAUCUCCAGCGUCAAACUGCCAAUCCAGCCCAUUCACACACAAAGCGGGCGCCCCUCGCCGGGGGCUUCGGAACAAUCACAAUCACAACCCCAGCAACAGCAUCAACAACAGCAACAGCAACAGCAGCAACAGCGCUCCUCAACAAUACAGUCUGACGACCCAUCCGACACGCACCGGUCUCUUGUGACUGCGCGGAUCGAGAAGUUGACUAAGGGUGACACCAUCUACCCGCCCUGCGACCGGUGCCGCAGACUGCGCGUGCAGUGCGUAAAGCACCUCACGGCCUGCCAGGGCUGCACCAAGAAGCAUGCGAAGUGCGGGUGGAAGACUAUCUCGGAGGACGAGCUCAACUGGCUGAAACGCGAGGUCGGCAACGGGGCCAGCGGAGUAACGAGCGGCGGUGAGGGCGAUGGCACGGAAGGCGACGACACAUCGGGCCGAAGCGGUGGCGGGUACUCGCCCGACCCGCCGUCGCUGCCGCCCAUUAAUACCACGGCCACCGCUGCGCCCUCGUCUUCCGGCUAUGGGGACCGGCCAUUAGGCAACGAGACGAGGGCGUUUGCGCCUGUCAAUCACAGCAAUAGCGUCGGCGGUACGGGUGACACGCGGACCAAGGAGAGGAGCAGCGUCACGGAUUUUGGACUGCGCGACCACCGCCCAUCAUCUUCGCAGGCGGACCACCGUGUCGACCACUACCGGCUGAGUCACAUGGCGAAUGUGGCGCUUAGCGCCGACGCAAGAGAGCAGCACCAUCAGCAGCAUCAACAUCAUCAGCAGCAGAAUCACUCUCAGAGGGUUAUGCUGAGGGGUAACAGUGUACCGAGGGAGUGA